ACAAUAUAAACAGGUAACCAUUGUUACGUAUCUACGGUUAUCACACACACACAGACCGCAAUUCAACCAUGUCGGACGCGUGUGAAAAACUUAGGAAUUUCUUGCUUAACUUCAUUGAUGACGAGGAGUUAAUUUGGAUGGAACCCAUUAACAACAGUGGGCGACACACACCCAGCAACCAACCGGACCACCCUAAUCAGCCUGCAGGCAUCGUAGAUGACGUUAACAGGCACGUCGCCCAAGAGGAAGAUACUGACAGCGCUUGCAGUAGCUGCGACGAGAGCACAGAGCAAAUUGAGUGUGUUCAGUCGGUGAAGGAGAAAGAUGAACUUCAUGCCAGAGAUAUCACCACAACACCGACUCCAGGUCCCACAGACAGCGUUACGACCAGCUCUGUAGAAUACACAGCUAUGGAACAGAAAGAAACUAAUUCGCAGUUGUCACCAUCAAACACUGAAUGCUUAAUUAUACUUAUUAACCCAUCGGGCAUUGUUCUGAGUGAAACGCAUUCACCUCAUUGUCCAGCAGCUAUAGCGUCUGCAAGUUCACUCAACAGCAGUGUCAGUGAUGUCUUGAAUGACGUACAUGAUCCAUAUUCAAUCGAAAAACUAACAAAUUUGGGAAAUCCUGAAGCAAAUGAAAGCCGCAGUACAAGUACCAACUCUCUUGACGGAGAUGAUUUCAUGCAAAACAAAGUACCAGCAGAGAAGCGUGGCGAAGUUGAUACAUCACAUCUGAACUCAGUCGCCAGCACGAAAAAUAUGUAUGAAACUUUAGAAAGGAUGGCUACCUCAUCAAACGCCAUACCUGGGGGCAACAAUCAACUCACUAUCCAAGAGAAGCAAGCGUUAAGAGAGGAACGUUUCAAAAGCUUCAUCAAUGCUCCUCAGGAGAUAAAAGGGAAAUGGAAGCUUUUGGAAUACAUAAACUCUGAAAGAGAUCCUGAGACGUUAGGGCAUUCAGUGCUGGAGGAUUGCAAGGACAUGCGUCGAAACGAGGUAAAUGUGAAUGCACGAAAACCGAAAGACCUACAGAUAUUUAAUAAGAGCGUUAACGAUAUGUCAAAGCCUGCUGAUCCAUCCCCAAUGGAACAUUUAAACACCUCGCAUUUGGAGAACAGUAUCACCUCAGAAGAUGCUGACAGUUCCUCAGAAAUGUUCAUCAGCGCUGCCACUAUUUUCUUUAAUAAAAUUGUUGAUUUAUGUGCAUUAAAUGAGAAUACACAUUUGAAAGAUCCGCUAUCAAGCACGGAAGUGGGUACACAGACAACCCGCAUUGAUGAAUGUGAUACCACAGAUCUGCUCACAGUCUCUUACAAGAAAGAUGGGUCUGAAACUUCAGAUCAGAUGUCUACUUUCUCGACAGAAGCCAUACACAAUCAACUCACUUUCAGCAAGAAACUAAAAGAUCCAGAUGCAUCAGAACAUGUGGUACUGGAAGACAGACAGAAAAUCAAUAAGAUUGUUAACGAUAAGUCAGAAUCUUCCGAUUCAUCAUCCAUGGAACACUUAAACAUUGCACACUUGGAGAACAGCAUCACCUCAGAAGACACUGACAGUUCAGCCCAAGUAUUCGACAUCAAACCCAACAGUGUUUUAUUCAACAAGACAAAUGUUCCAUCUGCAUUCAAUACGGCUACUCAUUUGGAAAAUCCUCAAUCAAAUACGAAGCUGCGUACAGAGACCAUUUCCAGUAACACAGCUAUGAGACCUCAGGAAAUGAUUCCCAUGGAAAUGCUAGAAAAAUCUGAUACCCUACACGGGCCCACAGACCCCCGCAUAAAUAGCAAAUGA